CGCGGCUUGAGUUCACCGGUGAAACGGAAGUCUUGGAAGCGCCUUGCCGAGCUCGGGACGAUGGAGCCUGCCGCCGACAUGGGUGGUUCCAGCGACCACCGGAAAAAAUUUAGCUUGAAGCGAUGGGUCAAGAAGGCCUGGGCCAAACAACGACGUAACACGGAAGAGAGGCACCUGAAACGAAAGCAGCAGCACCGAGAGGUGAAGAAAGCCAAGCCCGAGGACAGUACUGCCGAGUCGGGUCUCGUCGAACGAUUCAACCGGCUCCCCACGGUCCUGGACAACAACAAUGUGCAACAUGCCGCGGCCUCCACCGAGGCUGCGACAUGGGAUGUUGACGAACUACACGACAACCAAGAACAGGACGAAGCGCCAUUGCGCAAAAAGUCGAUCGCGCCACUCCGCAUAGGCGUGCCAUACACCGACGCCAUCACGAUUGAGAAUCCUAUUUUGAACAACCCUGACAUGGGCGACCACCGCGGGGCCACCGUUGACCGACCGACCGCAGCCGACAACGCAGCCAGCGUCAAGGCAGUCUGUGAACGCUUCCGCCGCAAGAACAGCAAGGCCGCUGUGCCAUCUCGGCUAGACUUGUUCAACCAAAUCAACAAGCUGCCCCAUGACCCUCGCGAAUUUCUACGGACCGUCGAACAGCGCAAGCCAUACAGUUCGAACCAUCCGUCGUCCAUGCGGGCGCGUCAUUUCGACCCACAGUUUACCGGGCCGAUUGCAGCAGUUUUGGCUCGCUCGGCUGUGAUGAAUGUCGACGACAGCAGCAGCGACGAAGGCAGCAGCAACGAUGAGUGGAAGUAGGAAACGAGGUCGGCCACUUGAUAAUUUACACAUGAACAAGGCGCUGCCACUACUUGGUCACACUUCUUUUUAGACCUGCUGAUGGAAUCAUACGAUGAUGGGGCUCCACUCGGACGAGGGUCGGUGCUUGAAGGACUUGGGUGCCUUUCGCUGGUGUUGACCUCCAUGUUUGAUGACUCGCAUGACCAUGUGGGGGUCCAUGAGGGCUGGGUUGCGAAAGAUGUCGUGGUCGUUCGCAUACGAUAACAACUCGUCGCGGGUGAACCGCACAGAGUCGUUCAAUUUGUCGUGGGUGUACGUGUACGAUCCUUUGUCCGACAGCUUGGGGGCCACGGACCGCCAUCCGCCGUGACUGAACUGUUGAAUCACUUUGGUUCGAAAGCUGACUUCUCGUCCAGCCUUGAUGGGCGACUGCAUGCGUGGCUGGGUCUUGUCGACGACGUGGGGUGUAACGUAUGACGUAGAAAGCUCAGGGACGGGCUGUGUGCCCUUGCUGUCGAGUUGGCUCAUGGCUUUGUUCAAAAUGUCGUCAACCCCCACAGCUGUGUAAACGUUUUGCGACGAUGGCAUCGACUUCGAGCACGGCGCAGGUUGGACCGGCGACGGUUCAUCACAAACCGUUUCUUCAAGGAACGACGCCAUGGACUCGUCCGAUUUGCCUGCGAGCGGAGACUGAUCGCACGACAAAAUGGUCGAAAUUAGCGCGGCGUUGCGGCGUUUCUUCGGAGACGAUGGAUUCGUGCUGGUGCCCACGACGACAUUCCACGGGCGUUUGCUUGCCUUGCCAGGGGAUUCCAGGGCCCAGUUCGGCGUCGUAACGGUGACUUCUGCUGCUUUCUUUCGUUCACAUGAGAUGGCGGACGAGGCUGCAGGGCUUGGGAUGGUGUGUGGUGGUGUUCCUAAGAGGUCCAGCACAGAGAAGAGCGACGAUGUCGUCAUAGGUGACGUGUUGACAAGCUUGUCGUUGAUGGAGUCCAAUUGCGUUUGAUUCUUUGUCUUUGGGGUGGACGACAAUGUCAAAUUCGAGCACACCGUAGUCGCAACCACGGGUGGCGUUCUGCGUGGUUGAAUCGCCACAGACGGAGAUGACUGUAGUGCUGAGCCUGAAAUAGUGGGGGAUUUCGUAGGUUUUGAGCUUGAAGGGACCAGUGAGGAUUUUGUGGUAGCGGCCUUGGACACUUGAACGGAUCCCAGCGGUUCCGUGUCGCUUGAAUUGGUGGCCACAGUGAACGAAGAAGUCGGUUGCGUUGGCGAUGGCGUAGUCACAUCCACAACGUGGACAGGUGGCGGGGUAGUUGACACAACUGGGGAGCUCUCAACGAGCGCGUUAUCUUGGAAGAGAGAUAGUUUGGAAUUCCUCUUUCUUGGCGUGUGUGGGGUCUUUUGUGAUGAAUCAAUGAUCGCACGCGAAGAAGGCGUCGAGACAGAGACAUUCUUCAAUCCCCGUCUUGAUGGGGUCGCCUCAGCACCUUCAGUUUUUUUGGGUGUUGCGGUACCAUUCACGGUCUUGGUUGAUACAGCAGCGGCUGAAUCAGGUCCUGCGUAUUUUCGAGAUACCACUGACCCCAACUUGGUCGACAAAUUCUUUAAGUAGAGUGCACUUGUGGAAGUGAUGACGCUGUCGACUGGGGAAUCUUCCUUGAAUUCGGAAGGCUUCGAUGCAGAUUUAGCUUUGAUGGGGGUCUUGGGCCUCGUCGACUUCGGCACCUUCAAAGAUUGUGGAGACUUCUCCAUCAGGGUACUCUUUGUGGACGCCAUCGACGAUCUGGAAGUGGUGGCACCAGGGGGCGUGGACCCAGUUGAAGAUUUGGGCGUUCUCGGAGUAGCCUUGGUAGUCGGGGACUUUUUGACAUCAGCAGCGGAGGGCGAUGGUUCUUUUGCAGUCUUAGCUCGGGGAGACAAGCGCUUGGUAGGGGUGGAAGCAGGUGUUUCCGAUCGCGAAGUCCGAGAGGAUGUGCAUGUGGGAGUUGCGACGUCUUCUGUCACAAGCUUAGUCUUCGCCUCCAAGGAACUAGCUUCACGACUUGGAGACGACGGAGCCUGGCCGUAUACUGGCAAUAUGCCAGAAGCUGCACUUGGAGAGGAGACUACAGUUGCGUCGCUUGGGCUAGUUUUAUGACGCUUGGAUGAAUUCUCAAGGGGAGGCGACAUAGCCUGCUUUCGCUUGAUGUUUGUGGUGACGGGAGCCAAGUACGCUUCAACAGCGUCGAUCAUGGACUCAAAGAGGUUGACCUUGGGGCAGAGUUCGAAUGUGUCGAUGUUCGGCAUGACGUACCAUGGUACUUGUCCUCGACGAACGAAGAGUUGCCAUCCCAACGUGCAUCGCAUGUGCUCCCACAGAUGUGGCAAAAUGUGUUCAAAGGCUGUCGUGUUUUGCAGCGCGAAGAUGACAGCUUCACCUUUCGAGCCAAACGCCGUCGCGUUCUUCUGGAACGCAUCAACCGAGUCGAUUGCUGGGCUAAUGUAGAAGAAGUUGGUCGCACUCAGCUUCAUUUCUUCCCAUCCUUGACUCUCGAGGCCUUUCCAUGCAGCGUCGGCCCACGUUUCGUCCAUCGUGGCGAUGGUGUG